GUGCAGCGCAGCAGAGGCCGGGUUGAGGGGGAGCUGAGGCCGGGUGGUGUCGGGUGGUGUCGGGGGGGCAGAGACCCGGGAGGGAGGAGGGAGAGGAAAGGGGUGCGGCGGUGGGAGGGGGUAGUGAGACCGGUCGGCUCGGGGCUCGGGGCUCGGGCCUCGGGUCUCGGCUCGGGCCUGGGAGGCAGCCAUGGCCGAGUCGCUGCCGCAGACGCCGAGCCGACACGAGAAGAGCCUCGGCCUCCUGACCACCAAGUUCGUGUCGCUGCUGCAGGAGGCCAAGGACGGGGUACUGGACCUGAAAGUGGCUGCAGACACACUCGCUGUGCGGCAGAAGCGUCGCAUUUACGACAUCACCAACGUCUUGGAAGGCAUUGGGUUGAUCGAGAAGAAAUCCAAGAACAGUAUCCAGUGGAAAGGUGUGGGUCCAGGCUGUAACACCCGGGAAAUCGCUGAUAAACUGAUUGACCUGAAGGCAGAGAUUGAGGACCUGGAUCGGAGGGAGCAGGAGUUGGACCAGCAGCAGGUCUGGGUCCAGCAGAGCAUCCAGAACGUGACGGACGACAUUGAGAACAGCAGAUUAGCAUAUGUCACACAUGAGGAUAUGUGUCGGUGUUUUAAAGGCGAUACGCUGUUGGCAAUCCAGGCUCCCUCGGGCACACAGUUAGAGGUUCCCAUUCCAGAAGGGGGCUCGAACGGACAGAAGAAGUACCAGAUUCACUUGAAAAGCACAGCAGGUCCUAUUAACGUGUUGCUGGUGAAUAAAGACACGUCAUCGUCCUCGCCGGUGGUGGUGCCGGUUCCUCCGCCCGAAGACCUGGUCCCGUGUCCGCCUAUCGCCCCCACCACCCCACAGAGGCCGGCGCUGAGCGCCCACCUGGAGCCCGGGGGCUUCUCUCCACCCCGGCCGGACUCACCGCCUGCCACCACACACAUAGCUCUGCCCCCAGAGACCACCGCAACUCCCACAGUGCCAAGCUCACCAGCACAGGAGAUCCACAAUGCCACCAGCAUCUUAAGCCUCGAGCCCCUCAACAUCGUGCCCACGUCCACUAGCCCAGGGGUAACUGUGGAGACGCAGCCGCUGGAAUCAUCUGCCUCAUUAGACAGCAGCACCUCACUAUCCAAUCCCACUACCUCCUUUGAGCCAAUCAAACCUGAUCCUUCACUGGUGCUGGAGUUUCCCAAAGAGCUGACCGAGAUGUUCGACCCCACAAAAGAAUGUAUGGAUUCAGACCUCAUAGAUGAGUUGAUGUCUUCAGAAGUGUUCGCCCCCCUCCUCCGGCUCUCACCUCCACCCGGGGACCACGACUACUACUUCAACCUCGACGACAGUGAAGGGGUCUGCGACCUGUUCGACGUCCCCAUCCUCAACCUGUGACCUGGGGCUCGCCGCGGGACCUUUUACACAAAACACACAGAGAACCUUCCUUUGGUAUUUUUCUAUAUAAAAAGAAAAGGAUCUUAAAGUGGCUUUAGCCUUGGAGUGACGUGAGCUACGGCCAAUACAACUGCACAAUAACAGAGAGAGUGUAAGCGAGAGGACGAGGGUCGGUAAUGCCCACACAACAUGAUGUAGGAACUCGCCAAGCCUGGAGGAGCCGGACCUGACAGCGAGAGGGGUGGGGUGCUGAGUGCGACCGUCAAGCGGAGAUUCGCUCCCCGUGUGUGUGUGUGUGUGUGUGCGUGUGUGCAUGCGUGCGUUUCCCCGAUCUUCACAGCCAAGUCCCGAGUGCAGCUUUUUAUUAUAUCCUGACGUUUCGCCAUCUCUUCGAGUCCCGCAGUGUGAGCGCUCUACCCACCAGUGCCUGUGGUCAGCCUGAACCCAGUGGGGCUGCAGUUGGACUCUGCACUGGGGGGAUAUCAGCCUAGACUGUCCUGGCGACCACUGUCCAGAGAGGCACGCUCCCCCUUAGCUAGAAGGGGGUGGUGUGUGUACACAUCAGGUCAAGGCAGCAUUGGAAACCCUGCAUUGUCAGCAGGUUUUGUUCAUAAAUAUUUGUUACACAUCAGGAGUGGCAGCUUACUAUUUGACGUCUGACUCUUUCCCUUCGCCUCCGUUCCCCCAACCCCCAGGAUGGCUGGUGAUGGAUGUAGUUGUUAAAUUCUCUGUGUUGGGGAGAGGCGCUGUGGCAGACUGGGACAGUGCUAGAGCUUGUGAUUGAAUCUGAACCCUGUCUGGCUGAGCGGAGGGUAGGUAACCUGUGUCCCUCCGUGAGUCAGCGUUGUCAGAAGAGAAGACGUAGGAUUAGGAAAAGGUUUAGAGCUACAGAACGCUUCCACUGAACUGUGAUCCUCAAUGCUGGUGACCUGAUUUAUUCCUGCCUGACCCCCAUAUAUCGCAGAAGCCCUGGGACAGUGGGGGCAGCUGGGGGAGUUGGAAGGACCAACAACACAAGCCCGACCACACACACACACUCUGUGUUCAACUGCUACCAAUUCCUCCCAGAGAAACGGCAUCAAGAUAUGUAAACUGUCCUAGCACCUCCCUGCACAGGUGAGAGCAGGGCACUCUCACGCUGUGACUCCCCACCCCCAGCACUUCCUCACCUCAGUCAUGCAGCGAAAUUGAAACAGAAAAAAAAUGUACAUUUUGUUAUUUUUUUAAAAAAAAGAGAAAGAAUAACGGAGUAUUUUUUUAAUCUGAUUUUUUUUAAACUGAUUUUAGGACAUAGCACUUGCUUUCUACACUCCUACACACAUCCUUCACCCCACCCCCCAUACCCGUUUAAAUUUUUAUUCCAGGUCACUUUCUUUUUUAAAAAUCCCUGGAUUUGGGAUUUUUGAGGGGGAAGAAAACAGAUUUUCAGAAGGUUUUGUUACCUCGACACCUUUGGCUUGUUGUCCAGAGGAGACAACAAGCUGCCUGCCUGCACUCCCAGCUCUCUCUCAGGCAGCUCUUUGGGCAAAAGGGGAUAGUCCACCUACACACCUCUGGGAGUCUGGUGAGGGAGCGAGUCCUGCAUGGACUUGUUGGUGCUGUGUCAACAUUCUGCCACACUGGCACUGAAUCCCAUUGUAUUUGCCCAUCCCACUUUGGAUACAGGACUCUGGGAAUCCGGGAUGAGUGAUAUCCCCAGUACCCAGAAAAGCUGGUGAAUCGGGAGUUCAACAUUUCUGUAAAAGCGUUGAAAUGGCUGGAGAAAUGGGUGUCAGAGGUUGUACGCCUCAUUUCACCCCCCGCUGUAAAAUCCUCUGCCAGAUCCGUCCUGGGCCGUCAGUCUGGCUAACUGCUGGGAUCUCCUCUGGCAGCGAGUGGUGGGUUUAUGCCCAAAUUGGAACAAUUGCAUAACAGUCAAGUGGUUUAGGAAAAUCAGAUAGUUCAUGUCUCCCUUUCCUCUGCUUGGCAUCCGGCCCCAACUUUGUAAAGCGCUCCAAGAUAUUAUUCUGUGUGAAAGGCACUAUAUAAAUGCAAGGUGUUGUCCUUCCUCUUCCCCCUCUCUCCCCAAGUUUGUGAGAAGUAAUUUGCAGUCACUUCAGUUUGUGGAGGAAACCAUUCCAGCCCACGUUCUUUUGCAUGAACCUUUAUUUCCACGCAGAUACUUUGAUUUAGGAUUUAAUCAAAACUUAAUACUGUCUUGGCAAAGUGGGGAUUGGUUAUAAAGAUUUACAAAUGAAAGGGGGGAAGGAAGCUCAGUUGCAUUGUUUUUAAGCAUAGUUCCUAUGGUCUGAGGUCAGCGAUGAGGUUGAUUUUAUCAGGACAAUGUAAGAGUGGUAUUAGUUUGCGGUUUAGUUUAUCCGCGUGAGCCCAGGCCACUCAACAGAAGAUAAGCCGACUGCCAGACUGAAAUAACCCAGGUAGUGAUUGAUUCAUUAAUUAAUCCUGAAUUACGUUCAAUUUCCCUCUUGGUGUAGAUUCACCCCCAACAGCCAGACUUAAUGCUGGGUGUGAGAUGAUUGUAUUAAUGGUUGCCUCAUUGGAUUAGUUUAUUAUGUUGGGAGGAGGAGUGGAAGGGGAGAGCUAUUUAGAUGGAUUUUUGCAGUAUGUAAAAUAACCAUUUGUUUUUCACGCAGCAUACAAAAAAAUAUUUUUAUACUUGUUUUUUUGGGGGGGGAUUGUAAAGGACUCAUUGAGAACGCAGGAUUUGUACAAUUUCUAGCCUCUAGUAAGAAUUACGUUCAUCUCAACAUAGCACUUUAGAGAAAUUGGAUGUUUAUAUUUUGUAUCAUAAGAUUUCUGACGUUAUCUGAAGAUCAUUCCAGUGUAGCUCAUGAUUCACAAAGGAACUUUAUACAUUAUAUAAUCUCCCUUGUGCUUUACACAGCGCAUGGAUUGGGAGACAAAAUGGAGCCUCCAUUUAUUCAACAUACCACAGCUCUAUUGUUCUGUGUUCAUCACCUCAUGAGGAAUUCUAAUUGUGUGUGUGUUUUUUAUAUAAAGGAGUUAAAGCUGUUUUUACUUUGUUGGUUGGACUGUGUUGGCCGUUUGGAAGUCUCGGCCAAUGCACACAGGCUCACAAAGAACCGGCACAUCUUCCUUGUGCUGUCAUUGUAUCAACUGCAAUGUGUUUUGGGGAUUGUACAGUAUCUCAAUAAAAAUUCCUUUUGAAACA